AUGUGCUCGCGGCUCAACCCAUGCGAGCGGCUGCAUAGUACACUAUCGGAGCGAGUCUUGUCCAAGAAAAUCUUCGGAAGAACUGGUCUGAUCCCAGACAUGCGUGCCUUCACUGCGAGCUCCGCCGACACCACUCUCAAUGAGCAGCAAUAUUCUUACGCGACCCUUUUAGCAAGCGUUACCGAGCUUGAAUAUCGCACAUUUGUGAAAGAUCUUAUCGCCACUAUGGAUCCUCUACCAGUUAUCAAGCGGUCUGGCCCUGUGAACCUUCACCGCCCAUCAGGCUCUCUAAUUGGUGGCCACGUAGCCGACUUGGUUUCUGCAAUCCAUGCUUCCACUCAGCAAGUAGCCUCUGAGACCACUUUGCAUAGUGUAGAUAGUGUUCAAAAGGUCUCUGGGAUUCCCUCUAGAUCAGAGCAUCACAAAAACGUCGAUGAGCCCUCCCUGAAGUUAGUAUCUGCAUCUUCCCUUUUGCCCCCAAUGCAUUUUCUCAAUGCCUGCCCUUCUUCUUCGAGUACCGAGCUCCUCGGAGGUGUUGACGAAGCGCCUUCCUCAGUGCGAAAGACCAAGGAUAGUGAUAAGCGCGGUAAACCCCAGUCGGCCUCUAGUAACUUGGCAAAGCAGCUCAUCGACGAGGGGAUACUUGUGGACCUCAACAUAGAUAUAUACAAUAGUCAAAAGCUCAUAGGCAUGAAGUCUGCUCUUGUUGAAUUGGAAACCUCCAUUCUGGUACCUGUUAACCAUCCGCACCUCUACACAAAGGGUUUAUCUCUCAAUCGUGGAAUCCUUCUCUAUGGACCGCCUGGCAGCGGAAAAACAUUUCUGUGCAAGUGUGUAGCUGCUGCAGCAGGUGUCUCGUUCUUCAUUGUGACUGCAUCUCACAUCAUGUCGAAGUGGCAGGGUGAGUCAGAGAAGCUUGUCAGCUCGCUUUUUCAGCUGGCUCGUGAAAAGGCCCCGUCCAUCAUCCUUAUAGACGAGAUUGAUGGACUUCUGUCCCAGCGUUCGGGUGACGACAGCGAUGGAAUACGGCGUGUUAAGAAUCAAUUCCUGCAAUGCUUUGAUGAGACAAAGCACUACAACAAUGAACAGAUUCUCCAAUUUUCAUCCGACUCUGGUGCCUCUCAAGAACUUAUGGGGCCAAGCUCACCUGCGCGUUCCACCUCCGUUGAAAGGCUUAAGUUUGUCAUUGUGCUAGGCGCAACAAACUUUCCAGAGGCAAUAGACCAAGCAGCAUUCAGGCGGUUUGAUAAGCGAAUCUUCAUCUCUCUUCCUGAUACCAAUGAUCGCGAGCAGUUUCUUUUGCGUAACCUCCCUAAGCACCUUAUUGAAGAAGAGCCUGACUUACCACGGCAUAUAGCUGAUAGGACGCACAACUUUUCUAAUGCCGACUUGGAGCUUCUAUGUGAGGGAGUCAAAAAUUGUGCCACGCGGAAGCUUGUAGAGGCCGAGUACUUUAUAAAGAAUGCGAAGAACGAGUGGGUUAUCUGUGAGCAUGGUGACACGAUUUUAGAAACGGACACGCCGGAAAACAAGGCCCUUCGUCCCCUCCUCUUCAAGGGGAAGCUUUCUCAACUCCCGAAGGGUAGGUGCAACUUGCCGAAGAUCACCCUCAAAGACGCUCUCGAUGUUCUUCGCAAUACAUUUCCCUCAGUCACAGAAGCAGAUAUGAAGAAGUACCACGAUUUUGCCCAGCAGUUUAAGCACUCAUAG